AAACAGUGAGCAUCUUCCAGGAGGAGCAGUGAGGAACCUCCCUGAUCUCCUCCUUCCUGAGGAGGCGGGGAGGAGGAGGAGCAGCUCCAGCAGCCGGGCGGUGUCAGCCCUAAAAGCCGGGGCAGAGCAGCAGAGGCAGGCUGACAGGGACACAUUUCACCGCACCAAUCCAGCAGACCACAGGUCGUCAGCAUGUCUACGAAGGUGAGCGCCGAGGAGCUGGAGGAGAUCAGGGAGAGCUUCCAGAAAGUGGAUGUGGACGGUAGCGGCUACAUCUGCGCCUCUGAGCUGGGCGACCUGUUCCGGGAGGUGGGCUGUCCCAUGCCUGGGUACCAGAUCCGGGAGCUGCUAGAAAAACUGGACCGGGACAAAGACAGCAAGAUCAACUUUGAGGAGUUCACGUCUAUCUUCCAGGAGAUGAAGGACGACCGCAUGGCUCAGGGCUUCAGGAAAGCUCUCAGCAAGAAAGAAGGCGUUGUAGCCAUCAAAGGCACCAGUGAAAUCUCCAGUGAGGGAACCCAGCACUCCAUCUCUGAGCAGGAGCGCUUCGCCUUCGCCAACUACAUCAACUCAGCUUUGAAGGAGGACCCAGACUGUAAACAUAUUCUGCCCAUUGACCCGAACACCAGUCAUCUGUUCAAAGCCGUGUCAGACGGCAUCAUACUCUGUAAACUCAUCAACCUGUCCGUUCCUGACACCAUCGAUGAGAGGACGAUUAACAAGAAGAAGCUCACCCCUUUCACCACCCAGGAAAACCUGAACCUGGCUCUGAACUCCGCUUCAGCCAUCGGGUGCCAAGUCGUCAACAUCGGCGCCCAGGACCUGAAGGAGGGGAAGCCUCACCUGGUGCUGGGUCUCCUCUGGCAGAUCAUCAAGAUCGGACUGUUUGCAGAUAUACAGCUGAGCCGCAACGAAGUUCUGGCGGCGCUGCUUGAGGAGGGGGAGACUCUGGAGGACCUGAUGAAACUCAGCCCUGAAGAGCUGCUGCUGCGGUGGGCCAACUUCCAUCUGAGGAAGGCUGGCAUGACCAUCUCCAACUUUUCUGGAGAUAUUAAGGACUCAAAGGCGUAUUUCCACCUGCUGGAGCAGAUUGCUCCAGAUGGCACCAAGGAGGACGUUCCUCGGGUUGAGAUCGACAUGACUGGUCUCUAUGAGAAAGACCUUCGGAAGAGAGCCGACUGUCUGCUGAAACAGGCCGACCUGUUAGGAUGUCGUCAGUUUGUGACCGCCACCGAUAUUGUGACAGGAAACGCCAAACUCAACCUGGCCUUCGUGGCCACACUCUUCACCAAACACCCGGCCCUCACCAAACCCGAAAACCAGGACUGGAAUCUUGAGAUGUGUUUGUUUGCGUUUGCAUGCAGAGAUCUACAGGACGCCAUGGUGAUUCUGCAGUUGUAUGAAAAGAUCAAAGUACCGGUGGACUGGGGCAACAGAGUCAACCUUCCUCCUUUCAAGGGAGUAGGAGGAGGUCGCAUAAAGAAGAUUGAAAACUGUAACUACGCUGUGGAGCUGGGAAAACAGAAAGCCGGAUUUUCCCUUGUGGGGAUCGGAGGUCAAGACCUGAAUGAGGGAAACGAGACUCUCACCCUGGCGUUGGUGUGGCAGCUGAUGAGGAGGUACACUUUAAACAUCCUGGAGGACCUCGGAGAUGGAGAGGUGGCUGGAGAAGAUCUGAUCAUCUCGUGGGUCAACAAGACUUUGAAGGAAGCUGGCAAGAGUUCCUCCAUCAAAAGCUUUAAGGACAAAUCUAUCAGCACCAGCCUUCCAGCUCUGGACCUGAUUGAUGCCAUCCAGCCUCAGAGCGUGAACUAUGACCUGGUGAAGAAAGAGAGUCUGUCCGACGAGGACAAGCUGGACAACGCCAAGUAUGCCAUCUCCAUGGCAAGGAAGAUCGGCGCCAAAGUCUACGCCCUGCCUGAGGACUUGGUAGAAGUCAACCCCAAAAUGGUGAUGACCAUCUUUGCCUGCCUGAUGGGGCGGGGCAUGAAGAAGGCCUAAGGAGCAGCGUGGACACACCUACCCACCCUGAUUGACACACACACACACAAGGACUGUCUAAUCCUGCUGAGAUAUCUGAUUUUUUUUUUAGUUUAGACAUUUUUUUUUCCUGUGCUGUCUGACUUUUAAGAGAAACAUCAUCAAAAAUCUGAAAUGUGAGCAGCAAUAAUAAAAA